UAAUCGUAACCUCAUGCACAUGUACGUACCACAAAUCACUUCGUUAUUUUGCUAAUUAGCUACACUUACACAAUGGCUAGUCCAAUUCUCUUCUCUGCCUUUCUCUUUAUUCUUACACUAGAACUAGAUGCCAGCCAGGUCAUGGCUGCUCCCGACUGUGGACCAAUUCAAGCCACUGAUGUUGAUCGGAUUGAAUUUGCUCUGAACCUUGAAUUCCUAGAAGCUGAGUUUUUCUUGAAUGGUGCACUUGGUCGUGGACUUGACAGUUUCGCUCCAUCUUUUGCUAAGGGAGGUCCGCCUCCCAUUGGUGCCAAGAAGGCCAAUCUUGACCCUCUUGUUGCUAAGAUCAUCGAGGAAUUUGGUUAUCAGGAAAUUGGCCAUCUUAGGGCUAUUAUUAACGCAACAGGUGGAAUUCCAAGGCCUCUGUUGGAUCUCAGCACUCAGACUUUCGCAAACAUUUUUAACCAAGCUUUUGGUUUCAAAUUGACCCCUCCAUUUGACCCUUAUCUUAACACAAUCAAUUACUUGUUAGCAAGCAAUUUGAUCCCUUACGUAGGGCUUGUGGGUUAUGUUGGCACCAUUCCAGACCUUACAAGCAGUGAUUUUCGAAGGUUGGUUGCUGGGCUUCUAGGAGUGGAGGCUGGACAAGAUGCAGUUAUACGAGCAUUACUUUAUGAGAGAGUCAACGAAAUAGUGCUGCCAUAUGGAAAAACCGUGGCCGAGUUCGUUAACCGUACUGCUGAGCUUAAAAAUAGGCUAGCCAAUUGUGGUAUCAAAGAUGAAGGCAUAAUAGUACCUCAAUCCCUUGGUGCAGAGAAUCGUACAAACAAUAACAUCCUUUCAGCUAAUACAGAUUCCCUUUCGUAUGCUCGGACACCACCUGAGAUCUUAAGGAUAGUGUAUGGAACUGGUAGUGAGAACAAGCCUGGUGGGUUUUAUCCUAAUUGUGCAGGUGGGAACAUUGCAAGGCGAUAUCUUAGCCCAGCAUAAGAGAUUCCAUUAAUUAGAUCUAAUAACAAUAAGAAUAACACUAAGAAGCUUCCAAUGAAUGAAGCUUUUGGAAUAACAUUCAAAUAUAUGCUAAACAACAUAUGUUUUGAAUUUGAAUCCCCUCUACCAUGUGUUGUAAGAAAAACAAAUUAUUAUAUCGAAUAAGAAUGAGGAGCUUAGACUGUUUUGAA